AUGUCGAGUUCAAUUAUUCACAAAACUGAUGUAUCUGAUUUGUCUUUACUCUUGUAUUUCUCAAUUUUAGCGAGAGUCGUUUCAAAAACAGUAUUUGCACCUAUGGAACGUGUAAAGCUUUUACUACAAACUCAAGAUAUCAAUCCAAAAAUUGUUAUGGGACGAAAAUACAAAGGAUUUAGUGAUUGUUUCGUUCGAUGCAUUCGAGAGGAGGGAGUCUUAUCUCUAUGGCGUGGUAAUUUAGCGAGCGUUAUACGUUACUUUCCCGUGCAAGCGAUGAAUUUUGUCUGCAAAGAGCGUUAUGAAAACAUAUUCGCUAACUAUAAUCCACAAAUAAAUCCAUACAAGUUCUUUCUCGGCAAUCUAUUCGCCGGUGGUAUGGCUGGAGCCACAGGUUCGCUCUUUCUCUAUCCUUUGGAAUUUGCUCGAACACGUCUCGCUGUCGAUAUCGGUAAAGCUGUUAAUGAACGACAAUUUAGAGGCACAGCUGAUUGUCUUGCUAAAACUUGGAAAACGGAUGGCGUUCUAGGCGUUUAUCGUGGUUUCACCAUCAGUGUAGUUGGUAUUUUCAUCUAUCGAGCAUUUUAUUUUGGCGGUUACGAUGCUGGAAAACAAUUUUUGUUUGCUGAUAAUUCAAGACCACAUAUUCUUUAUCUAUUUCUCUGUGCACAAUUUACUACAUCAUCAGCGGAAUGUAUUGCAUAUCCAAUUGAUACUAUUCGACGUCGUCUGAUGAUGCAAAGUGGUCGCCAUGAUGUCGUCUAUAAAAAUGCAUGGGAUUGUGCUCGUAAAAUUGCUUUAAUUGAAAGUCCAUUGGGUUUUUUCAAGGGCAAUCUAUCAAACAUGUAUCGCAGUAUCAGUUCAUCACUUGUACUUGUUCUCAGUGAUGAAUUCAAGCAUUGGCUUUAUAUCUCAGGAGAAUUGACUAAUCCACACUGA